AUGGGACCGAGAGGAGGAAAACCGGAGAGAUAUCAAAUGGUCUUUGUCGAAAGGAGGGGGGCUCUCGAGAUAUUUUCUUAUCGUCCAAUGCAAUGGCCUCAUCCCAGACAAUACCAUUCGCUCUGUCAAAAAUUUGAAACUGCCAGAGGAAGUGUUGGAAGAAGGGUAAAAAGCAGUUCUCGGCACAGCCAACAUCGUCAGGAAGUUCUUAAACAUAGUUUAACUUUUCAGUAACCCCC